UCUGGGGCCGCCCUGGCCUGCUGCUCGGACUGCCCGCCCGCCCCCAGGCUCUGGACCCCCAGACUCCCCGGCCCAACGCAAUCCUGCAGCCCGGCCCUGUGCCAGGCGCCCACCGCCGCCCCCUUGGGCCGUUCCCCGUGUUCCCGGGCGCUGUCCGGGCCCUGGGGAGUGCCGGGCGCAGGCUGCUCUCUUCUGGGCCAUUCUUUCCCAGCCCCCUCCUCCCUUCCGUUUCCGUGGCCGUGUGGCCGGCUGAGGCAGCGGCCUGCACUGGGCAGGGGGGCGGGCAGGCGUCGGGGGCUCCCGCCCGCCCCUUCCCCUCAGCCGGCCCGCCCCGGGGCCGGGGCCAACUGAAACCGCAGGAGGAGGAAACGCGGAAUCAGGAACUGGCCCCGGGUGGUGCGGGCCUGAGUCUGAGUCGGUCCUCGGCGGCCCCAGGAUCAGCUACCCACGCGGGUAACUCCUGCCCCGAGGCCCAGGAGGCAGCGGCAGCGGACACGGGGAGCGGGGUCAGCAGGCGGUGGGCAGGGGUCCGGCAGGCGAUCAGAGAGCGGGACACGGGACCAGGAGCACACUAUGGGCUUCUCUUCGGAGCUGUGCAGUCCCCAGGGCCACGGGGCAGUGCAGCAGAUGCAGGAGGCCGAGCUUCGGCUGCUGGAGGGCAUGAGGAAGUGGAUGGCCCAGCGGGUCAAGAGCGACAGAGAAUACGCUGGGCUGCUGCACCACAUGUCACUGCAGGACAGCGGGGGCCAGAGCCGGGGCAUCAGCCCCCAGAGCCCCAUCAGUCAGUCCUGGGCAGAGAUCACCAGCCAGACGGAGGGCCUGAGCCGGUUGCUGAGGCAGCACGCAGAAGAUCUGAACUCAGGGCCGCUGAGCAAGCUGAGCCUGUUGAUCCGGGAGCGGCAGCAGCUGCGCAAGACUUACAACGAGCAGUGGCAGCAGCUCCAGCAGGAGCUCAACAAGACCCACAGCCAGGACAUUGAGAAGCUUAAGAGCCAGUACCGAGCCCUGGUACGGGACAGCGCCCAGGCCCGACGCAAGUACCAGGAGGCCAGCAAAGACAAAGACCGUGACAAGGCCAAGGACAAGUACGUGCGCAGCUUGUGGAAGCUCUUCGCUCACCACAACCGCUACGUGCUGGGCGUGCGGGCCGCGCAGCUACACCACCAGCACCACCACCGGCUCAUGCUGCCCGGCCUGCUCCAGUCCCUGCAGGACCUGCACCAGGAGAUGGCGUGCAUCUUGAAGGAGAUCCUGCAGGAAUACCUGGAGAUUAGCAGCCUGGUGCAGGACGAGGUGGUGGCCAUUCACCAGGAGAUGGCUGCAGCGGUUGCCCACAUCCAGCCCGAGGCCGAGUACCAAGGCUUCCUGCAACAGUAUGGGUCCACGCCUGACGUCCCACCCUGUGUCACCUUUGAUGAGUCGCUGCUUGAGGAGGCUGAACUGCUGGAGCCCGGGGAGCUGCAGCUGAACGAGCUGACUGUGGAAAGCGUGCAGCACACGCUGACCUCAGUGACAGAAGAACUGGCCGUGGCCACUGAGACAGUGCUCAGCCGGCAGGAGGUGGUCACUCAGCUGCAGCACGAGCUCUGGACUGAGGAGCAGACCACCCACCCCCGGGAGCGGUGAGUGGGGCCCGCCUACAGCAGCCUCCUGGCCCUCCCUUCCCUCCG